ACAGACAUAUCGAAGAAGAAUGACCCUUUUGCUCCUGGUGGUAUAACUGUUACUACAUCAAAUGAUCUAGCUUCAGACCCCUUUGCUUCUCUGUUUGGAAAUGAAUCCUUUGGAAGUGGCUUUGCUGACUUUAGUACGCUGUCAAAGGCCAACAAUGAGGAUCCAUUUAGCUCUUCCACAUCAGGUUCUGUCAACAGUGUGGUAAUAACUAAAAACUUAUUUGAGGAACCACCAGCUAAAAAUGAGGAUGUUCCUCCUGCAUUGCCCCCUAAGACAGGAACUCCAACAAGGCCCUGUCCACCACCACCUGGGAAAAGACCUAUCAAUCAAAUAGACUCUUCAGAUUCCUUUAAACCGAGAGAUCCAUUUCAGCCUUUCCCCACCCCAGACAUUCCCAAAGAACAAGAAGCAGAUCUAUUCUGUGAUCCAUUUGCUCCCACCAGCAUCAGUAAAGAGGCUGACCCCAACAAUUUUGCAAACUUCAGUACUUAUUCUACUGAGGAAGACAUGAUUGAAUGGGCUAAGAGGGAAAGUGAGAGAGAAGAGAAAGAGAGAUUGGCAAGACUAAAACAGCAAGAGCAAGAAGACUUGGAACUGGCUAUUGCACUCAGUAAAUCUGAAAUAUCAGAAGCAUGAAGUUUAGAAUAAGAUUGUCUUAUGUCAACUGUUUUGUCCCUUUUCCUGAAUACCUAACCUAUUGAAAUAUUAAUCAGAAAAUACAUAUAUACAAGAAACUAUGAAAGGUUUUAAAUUUUUGAAAGUGGUAUAAAUGUUUCUGCUAAAUUCAAUCCUUUAGGUUAUUAUUGUUUGAAUAACUUAAGUUUAGCAUACAAUUUAUCUCAAGUUUUCAGGAGAACAAAGUACUUUUUCCAGCUGUAAGCAAAUCAGUUUAAAAUGCAGAUAAGUGAGAUUGUAGUUUGACUGUAAUCUGUCAGCAGUUGGUAAUUGAGCAUAAAGUGAACAUAGCAAUUAUUCAGCCAUGGCUGACUGUCUCCCAUCAAGCAGUUAGUCAUCUGAAACCUUUUAUCCUUCAAAAGAGAUUUUAAUAAUGCCAGAGUUGUGGAGUGCUUUAUUUUAUAUGUAUGCAUAUAGAUUUACCUCUUCAUUGAAGAUUCUGUAUUUGGAUUUGAAAUAACAAUCUUCAUAGAGUCUAAGUCAGAAAGCGUGUGUCUUUCUGAAACCUUUAAUGCUUUUCUUGCAUGGUCUUAGGUUUUAAGACAGACCUGUUAUUUUGUUUUAUAAAGCAGUUAAGUUGAAGGUUUAUGUGCAUUUGCUGUUGGCCAAGAUGGCUGUCAAAUUAUGAGACCCCACUGCUAUUUGAGCCACUUUUGCCUUUGAAAUAUGCAGCUGAACUGGCAAGUUAAUAAGUUCAAUUUGAAAUAGGAUUGAAAAUAGAAAUUAAAAACAAGUAGUCUGAUUUUUUAAUUUUUUUUUUUUUUUUUUAACCAAACAGUUAUUUUCUGUAUAUGUAAUUUAUUGAAUGCCAACUGAUAGUUGCACCUUAAACUGAAUGAUUUCUUUAUGGUCACUGAGUCAGAGUAGGAUUGAUAGUUUUUUUUAAUGAAAAUAACUUAAUGAAAAUAACUUAUUGUUCAUUUUGGAAGAACUCUAUUCUGGAGAAUCAGUUUAAUUAAAAUAAUUCCAAAAAGAAUAAUCUUUUGCCCUAAAAAAAAAAAAAAAAGAUGGCAGCAGCAUAAACAUCAAGAGUUUGGUUUUUGUUUGGUUUUUUUUCUUGCACUUUUAACCUGUGGUAUUUCUGUUGAGGAAGUUGAAGUGUUUCAACACACAGCACUGGAGGAGGAAAGGGGGAGAACUCAGCCAUGCUUCAGUGUAUUUAAGCUCUUCCCAUUACCUAUCUAUGCUGCUGUUGCACAAGUUUGAGAGUAGUUUUCAAUUUUUCAGGAAAAAUGGGUAGCCUGACUGGGAUGGUUUUCCUUUUGCACUGGGAAAUGAGCAUUUAAACACCUGCUCAAAAAAAGUAACUUAAAAUUUUGCAAGUAUUAAAUGGUUGUAACUUAUCUAUACAUCUUUGUAAUAAGUGUACACUAAUCUUGCAAAUCAUAUGCUUAACUGGAUUACAUAGUUUCUUAUCUUUUGUUAAAAAUGUAUACUCAGUGGACCAACACAAUAUUAUAUGUAUAUAUUAUAUAUAUAUUCCUGCUUUCCUUUACGGAAUUUAAAGUUUUGAGUCAUUUGAUGUUACAUUUCAUGUUACUGACUCUGACUAUAGUACUUUUACUCAGACUACCAACAAACCACUGCUGUGAGCUAAAUGGCAUUACUUUAUGAAGUUUUAACUUUUUUUUUUUUAAAAAAACUUGUUCAGGUGGGAUUAGCCUCUAUUUAUAGACUUCCCUUUUGUUUAAAAAUUCUAACAAUAGCCUGUAAUUAUGAAGAAAUAAAGUUUAAGUACAUAAGUGUG